GGCACAAGUGCGCGGAUUGGAACACAGCCUCAAUAAUCCGGUAAAGAGGAAGCAAAACAUUAGGGCUCGGGGAUGGGAGUGUUUUACUUUUACUGAUGACUGAUGCUGGUGCUCAGACACUGAACACAAUGGAGGACUCGUCCAAAGAAGAAUACAAGAUCCAUUCCUUCGACCCGGAAACACAGAAACUGCUUAAAACGGCACUUAAAGAUCCAGGUCUGGUGGAUUUGGAGGCCGUGAGUAACAUCAUUGUUGACCAGUCGUUGAAGGAUCAGGCGUUCAGCAAAGAGGCCGGACGCAUGUGUUUCACGAUCGUCCAGGCCGAGGCAAAGCAGAACAACAGCAGCAUGUUUCGCAGUCACCUCUUGAACCGGCUGCAAAAGGAGUUCAAGAGCCGAGAGCAGAUGAGGAAGAGGUCCAUUCUAGAGUGGGUGUGUUACGUCUCCUUCAUCUGCAACAUCUUCGACUACCUCAAGGUGAAUAACAUGCCGAUGAUGGUGCUGGUUCACCCACUGUACGACUGUCUGAUGAGACUCGCCCAACCAGACGCACUCAAAAACGAAGAGGAGGUGGACUGCCUGGUGCUGCAGCUGCAUCGUAUCGGCGAUCAGCUGGAGAAGGUGAACGCAGACCGCAUGGACGAGCUCUUCUUCCUGCUGCGUGACGGCUUCCUGUUGCGUGACGGCCUCAGCUCGCUCACUCGCCUCCUCCUGCUCGAAAUCCUCGAAUUCCGCGCCGGAGACUGGAGCCUCAGCGACGCGGCGCAUAAGUACUACUACAGUGAAGUGCACGACUGACUGACCGACUCACGGACUGACGCCUCGGCCAACCAGCAGCGAGCAGGAAAAACGCGCGCUUUUAGAAAUGUAUGUUUAGACCGCACUUGUUUAUUCUUAAUGGGUAAAAACGCAGGAAAUGAACACGUGCUUUCUACAAGUUCAUUUCUGGGCUUUGUUCCAAGCCUCCAAACUCAGGUACGUCAUUCUGAGUGCUGAACAGCGUGGGAAUGGAAGAGUGAAAGUGUGAAUGUCUACAAGGUUUCAGUAGAGGGAUUGAUGAUCGGUGUGUCUUGUUCUCUAGAGAUCUAAAGAUGAAUUCAUGACUUGAAGCAUAAAGGAUAUGCAGUGUGUCUCAGUGAUGUCAGACUCGUAUUCUGGACUUGAUACGACUACGACUCGUUACUUGGACUCGAUUUGAGUAGAAGCCUCAGGACUUUGGACUUGACUUGGACUCGAUUUGAGUAGUAGUCUGGGGAAUUUGACUCAAUUUGAGUAGUAGUCUGGGGAAUUUGACUCAAUUUGAGUAGCAGCCAAGAGACUUUGACCAUGACUUGGACUCGAUUUGAGUAGCAAACUAGUGGGCUUGACUUUUUUCUGUCUUGGGACUUUGAAGUCAUUUGAGUACCAGCAUAAGGACUUUGCGUUGACUUGGACCUGACUGUUGAGCAGCAGCAUAGGCACUUUGGACUAGAUGUGCCCUUGAUUUGAGUAGCAAAUUAGGGAUUUUGUACUUCUGAGUAGCAGCACUAGGACUUUGGACAGAAUAUCCUCAUGAACGUUGCCUUAUACUUGAUUUGGAGCUGAUGGUAAGUGACUUGACUACAACGCUGGUGUAUGUAAACAUUUGAGAGUUCGUUAUUAUCAGCAACAAUCAGACCAAAGCAGAGACGAUAUUCUGAUUAAAAUGCUUUAAGGUUGGUAGUCGAGCAGGAUCUCUAGCACGGUGCUAAUUUAACGACUCCGUAUCACGUUCCAGUUCAAUGGACUGAAAGAAAAAGACGCUGUAUGUUGGGGGAGGGGAUUACAUGGCAACUUUUGCUCUUGCUACAGUGGUGCUUGAAAGAUUGUGUACCCUUUAGAAUUUUCUAUAUUUCUGCACAAAUAUGACCUAAAACGGUGGUUUUCAAAGUGUGGGCCUCAAUAAUUUGGUGUGAAAAAUAAAUUCUUACGCUCAGACAACCACACACACACACACACAAUCAAUUCCUAAUGUAAAGAUGUAAUUAUUAAUAAAAAAGGGGGAUAUAUUCAGAAGUCUGUAUUUUCAGUGUGUUUUCAAGACAUCUUGCAAAAGGGGGGCCUCGGUCAAAUGUUAAUGCCAUUUGGGGGGCCUCGCCCUGGAAAAGUUUGGGAACCCCUGACCUAAAACAUCAGAUACAUAAAUCAUACUUUAUAUAAUGACAUUAAAAUAUGUUAUUUAUACAGGAAAUACUGACUUUUUACACAAAAUAUCAGAUUAUUAAACGUUUAGUCUGGAAAAACGCUUCCACACUAAUGUCUUUGUGAUGAGGCUGUCUUUAUCUGCUGUAUUUAUUUUUUUAGAUAAAGUUUGUCCUCUUCUGAGUUGUGGACAGUUUUGGAGCAACAUCACAUGUUCUUCUCAGACUGAAUAAAGCACAGCUAAGUUAAAACACUGACCAAUGAGAAAAGAUGGAGUCUCUAUUUAAAUACAAUCUGGUGAGAUCAUGAACUGUAAUCAUAACAGUUAGGUGAUUGUUGUGGUGUGAAACUGCGGCACAUGUCUUUGACUAGCUGAGAUGUUUCUUACCAAAAGGUAUAUGAUUUGCCUUUAAACUCCAAUAAAGAUCUACGCAAACUUGAA